AUGACAAACAGGCUAGAAGGCAAGGUUGCCGUAAUAACUGGUGGCGCCAGUGGCAUAGGGGAAACCUCGGCCAGGCUUUUCGUCAAACAUGGCGCUAAGGUUGUCAUUGCUGAUCUCCAAGAUAAACUCGGCCAGGCUGUCUGCGAAAGCAUAGGAUCUCCAGAAGUCAUUUCCUAUGUCCACUGCGACGUAACUAAUGACACCGAUGUUCAAAAUGCAGUGGACACGGCUGUUUCCAAGUACGGUAAACUAGACAUAAUGUUUGGGAAUGCUGGUGUCCCCGGCAAGGGCGACACAUCAAUUUAG